AUGAAGGUCACUUUCAGGGAUCUGAAGCAGCAAAAGUUCACCCUCGAGGUCGAGCCCACUGACCUGGUCUUCGCCGUCAAGGAAAAGAUCGCGGGUGAGAGGGGAUGGGAUGCAAAGCACCAAAAGCUCAUCUACUCCGGCAAAAUUCUCAAGGAUGACGAGACAGUCGCUUCAUACAACAUCGAGGAGAAGGGCUUCGUUGUUUGCAUGGUGAACAAGCCCAAAGAGAAGCCUGCUGCUCCAGCUCCCGCCGUCGAAUCGUCGGCUGCUCCUCCUCCAGCCACCCCUGCUCAACCUGUCGCCAGCACGCCUGCCGCUCCUGCCGCUCCUUCUCAUUCCACAUCUACUCAUGCCGCUGCGCCUGCCACGCCGACCCCUCAACGGGCGGCCGAUGAACCCUCGGCUGGCGAUUCGACCGGCUUGGCCAUGGGUGCGGAGCGUGCCGAGGCCAUCGCCAACAUGGAAGCGAUGGGGUUCGAGAGGAGCCAGAUCGAAGCAGCCAUGCGCGCUGCCUUUAACAACCCUGAUCGUGCAGUUGAGUACCUGUUGACCGGAAUCCCAGACAACGUCCAACAGGAGCAGCAGCAACGACAUGCCGCACCUGUUCACCCUCUCGCCUCGUCUACGAACACUGCUCCGGCUCAAGGUGACGAAGAUGAUGGAGGCGUGAACCUGUUUGAUCUGGCAGCCCAGCAAGGUGGCACCGGGGCUUCCCGAAGCGGGGGUAAUGCCGCCGCCGCCGCCGCCGCCGCCGCCGCCGCUUCGCAGGGUGGUGAUCUCGGAAACCUGGAUUUUCUCCGCCACAAUGCUCAGUUUCAGCAGCUCCGUCAGGUCGUCCAGCAGCAGCCCCAAAUGUUGGAGCCUAUCCUCCAGCAGCUCGGCGCGGGCAACCCCCAGCUGGCGCAACUUAUCGCUUCCAACCCGGACCAGUUCCUUCAGCUGCUUGGGGAGAAUGCCGACGACGACGUGCCUCUCCCCCCGGGUGCACAGGCAAUCUCCGUGACCGAGGAAGAACGCGAUGCUAUCGAGAGGUUGGUUCGCCUGGGUUUCGGUCGUGACCAAGCUAUUCAGGCGUACUUUGCCUGCGACAAGAAUGAAGAGCUUGCCGCCAACUUCCUAUUCGAACAGCCCGAAGAUGACGAUCCUCCCACCAACUAA